AUGGCAGGCGACGAUGAGAAGAAAUUAGAGGACGACAGAAGGUCGGAUGGUGAAGGUCGGGGGGAUCGUGACAGGAAGCCCAAUGGCGAGAGAAAACAUGAGUCUGCGAAAAAGGUUGAUGGGCUGGUCACCCUAGAACAGAAGAUUGCGCAAUUCGAGAAUAAGAUCGCUAUGCUGGAGUCCAGAUUGUCAGCCCAGGAGAGCAACGGAAAGAGGGCGGAGUCCAAGUCUGCACGAGACCGCAAUACGAAAGCAGACGAGCCAGGAUCACGAGCUAACAGUCCAGCACCCUCAAGCCCGGAUGCUUCUGCCCCAAAACCUCGUAUCCGUGUUGUUGUGUCCAAACAGGACAUAGAUGGCGAGAGAGUCGACACGGAUGAGAACUCGUCAAGUGAAGCUCCACCCAUGAAGGAACAUGAUAACGUGGCUACACUGUGGAAGUACGUAUGGAGAAGCAGUGGCACUUUAGAAGUAUUCGACCUCAACCUUUGUGCUUUGCUAAAGAAGCUGCUCGCACACUAUCCUCCUUUCAACCACUUCCUCGGCAAUAGAGUCGAGAUAGACUCGCCAUACGAGCCAUUGAUCUUUAAUUGGGACGCAAUUGUGGCCGAGUCAGAGCUACAGACCGGAGAUGAUGGAGUCCUACGAGCACGUCUAGAUCUGCGAGAUCUUAUUGUGGCCAUCAGGAAAGGCUCUGGCGACCCGAAGCUCGACGAGUUUUUUCGCUCUCGCGACGACCUCCGGCGAGAGAAUGCUAUCUCGUUUGAUACACUCUGGACGAUCUUCCCGCCGGGUACGCUAGUGUUUGGUCAAGUUUUCCUGGACGAGCCGCAGCUUUUCAUGGUGGAAGACCAAUACGAAACCUGGCCAAGAGACAACGAAUUUAGUCGACGCUCGGGCACUCCAACGAUAUGGGAGCUGGAUUGCUUCAUGUACGACUACACAGGUAAUAGUUUCCAACGACAAAGUGUAAAGCUUCCUUUCAGGGAGUUCACGGGCGCUACGCCAAUACUGCAACUGCCAUAUCGCCCAAUAGAGGCGCUUGGAGACAAGGAGCGCGAGGAACUCAUGGCCAAGCUCUUGAAACGUGGUCGGGGUUUCAGAGACUUUUGCGUUGCGAGGAACGAUACUCGUAUGUAUAACUAUGCCGGAAAGGCUAUGAUCGAUCAUCGUGGUUACCGACGACAAGCCGCCUCUUAUGAUGCAGAUGAUAGCGACAGUGAUGACGACCGUCGUCGUAGAAGGCGCGGCAGAGCCUCGGUCGUUCAAAGGCAAGAGACUCUGUCAAUAUCAUCGACGAACGUCAUGGUCGACUAUCUUUCGUACUUCCAACAUGGACCCAACGUACGCCAACGAUGGUCUGUCUCGAAACUUGGUGAGACCUCGGUUUCUGAUGAUGUCUGGAACUGUAUGUGUACGGACUGCCAGGACAACGAGGGUCGCAAUCGUCUCAAACCUCAAUAUGACGGCAUGAACGGUGUCGACGACCGUGAUCUUUGGGAGGAUCUACAGUUCCAACUUUGUGCCCCUCGAGUACUAGGCUACAUCUUGAAGGAUAAAGCCUGGGCUCAAUUUGCAGUCAGCAAGCUUGCUUAUAUGAGCCAGGAGGACGAGAGGACGGUCAUGUCAAAACUUGUUCUAGAUGGUGACGAUGGAGGCCAAAGCCAGAAAGACUUAUUGUUGAACCUGGUCAAGCACCAUGGCAUGAAAGAUAGCUCAAAAUACUCUCUGGAAGACAUCGUGGUGGACAAAGGCAAGGGGCUUGUGUUUCUGCUGUACGGUGCUCCAGGCGUGGGUAAAACUUCGACAGCACAAAUGGUGGCUCGCGCGGCAAGGAAGCCAUUGCUAUCGAUAUCAGUUGCUGAUGUGGGCGUGGAUGCCGCUGCAGUCGAGAGAAAUCUCCAGGCACUGUUCGACCUCGCAACGAGCUGGAGCGCCAUCCUUCUAAUUGACGAAGCAGAUGUCUUCUUGCAAAGCAGGAGCAAGGGUCAGUACGGUCCAUCUGCCGAAGGAAGUGCUCUAGUGUCAGUCUUCCUCCGCGUGCUGGAAUACUAUCGCGGCAUCUUGUUUCUGACGACCAAUCAAAUCGCUCAGUUCGAUGUUGCCGUGCAGUCACGGGUACACAUUGCCUUCAAAUACAAUGGCCUCAACAAGCGCCAGACGGUGAAGAUCUUUAUGGAUUUCCUCGAACAGCUUGAUGAUCGCGGUCUGGUAUCUGAUCCUGAUGACAUUGCGGAUUGGGUCAAAGAGGACUUUUACAAGCUCAAGUUUGAUGGCCGUCAAAUCCGGAACAUCAUUAGCAGUGCCAUGGGCUUUGCCAGAGGACAGCAGCAUACGAAACCGACUACGAAGCUGACGAAGAAACAUUUGAAGGCGAUCGUGGAGAAUGUACAGGAGUUUCACGACGAUUUAGCCGGUCAGAUGCAAAGAUGGCAAGACGCGCAAGCGAUGGCAGGAAUCGGCGUCAUGAAGUAG